UUUCAUCUGAAGAAGAAGAGAUCAGUAAUGGAGGAUGAACUGGAAGGUCUGCGAGCUAAUUUUCCUCUUUCGUUUGGUAAGACAUCGAAGGUUUCGGCGCCAAUCGAAUCCAUCCACAGCGCAACUCGCCGCACGGAUGCAGGCGCAGACGCUGGAGUUUCCUCGGAUUUCGCCACGAAGAAACCUGAUUCCGGAUUCCCGUCUCUGACUUCUUCCUCUGAGACCUGGCUCCGAACUGCUCGCGGUCCGAAUCGUAACCCUAAUAGCUCCAGCCUAAAAGAUGACGUAGCCAUGGGACCACCACCGCCUCCGUCUAAACCGACGCGAGAGGAAGAGGAGGAGGAUGACGGAGUCAUGAUGGGACCACCACCGCCGCCAGCAAAGGGACCCGGGAACGGUAAUGAUUCUGAUGACGAGGAAGAAAUGAUCGGUCCUCCGCCGCCGCCUCCGGCUGUUGUAGAUUCCGAUGAAGAUUCCGAUGAAGACGAUGUUUAUGACGACGAGGAGAAUCGGUACAAGAUCCCAUUGAGCAACGAGAUUCAGCUCAAGGGGCACACCAAGAUUGUUUCAUCUCUGGCUGUUGAUAGUGCCGGAGCUAGGGUUCUCUCGGGAAGCUACGACUACACUGUGCGUAUGUACGAUUUCCAAGGGAUGAAUUCGAGGCUUCAGUCUUUUAGGCAGAUCGAACCAUCUGAAGGCCACCAAGUUCGCAGCUUGAGCUGGAGCCCCACUUCUGGUCAGUUUCUCUGCGUUACUGGCUCUGCACAAGCUAAGAUUUACGAUCGUGAUGGUCUUACCCUUGGUGAGUUCAUGAAAGGGGAUAUGUACAUCCGUGAUCUGAAGAACACCAAGGGACAUAUCUGCGGGUUGACUUACGGGGAAUGGCAUCCGAGGACCAAGGAAACGAUUCUGACUUCUUCCGAAGACGGGUCUUUGCGUAUAUGGGAUGUCAACAACUUCCUAAGCCAAACGCAGGUUAUUAAGCCGAAGCUUGCUAGACCAGGGAGGAUUCCAGUCACAACAUGUGCUUGGGAUCGUGAAGGAAAGCGUAUCGCUGGUGGCAUUGGAGAUGGCUCUAUACAGAUUUGGAGUCUCAAGCCGGGAUGGGGAAGCCGACCCGAUGUAUACGUUGGGAAAGCCCACACCGAUGAUAUAACCUCUGUCAAGUUCUCUAGCGAUGGGAGAAUUCUGCUGUCAAGAAGUUUUGAUGGUUCUCUGAAGGUGUGGGACUUGCGGCAGAUGAAAGAAGCUCUGAAGUCUUUCGAGGGCCUGCCUAAUAAUUACCCCCAAACAAACGUGGCCUUUAGUCCAGACGAGCAAAUCAUCCUGACCGGAACAUCCGUUGAGAAAGACAGUACAACAGGAGGAUUGCUCUGCUUUUACGACCGCACCAAGCUCGAGAUCGUUCAAAAAGUCGGAAUAUCUCCAACUUGCAGCGUGGUGCAGUGCGCUUGGCACCCGAGGUUGAAUCAGAUAUUUGCAACAUCAGGCGACAAGAGCCAAGGAGGAACUCACAUUCUCUACGAUCCAACUCAGAGCGAGAGAGGCGCAUGCGUCUGUGUUGCACGUGCGCCGAGGAAGCAAUCUGUAGACGACUACCAACCAGAACCAGUGAUACACAAUCCUCAUGCACUGCCACUGUUCAGAGACCCACCAAGCCGUAAACGACAGAGAGAGAAAACAUUGAAGGAUCCUGCUAAAGCCCAUAAGCCUGAGCUCCCCAUGACUGGUCCUGGUCAUGGUGGAAGAGUCGGAACCACUGGCAGUAGCUUAUUAACUCAGUAUCUUCUCAAGCAAGGUGGGAUGAUAAAAGAGACCUGGAUGGAGGAAGAUCCAAGAGAAGCGAUAUUGAAAUACGCAGAAGUUGCUGUCAAAGAUCCUAAGUUUAUUGCACCUGCUUACUCUCAGACCCAGCCCAAGACCAUCUUUGCUAAAUCCGACGAUGAAGAAGAAGAAGGUGACGUCAAAAAAUAA